AAAAUAGUGAAAAUAAAUCAGGUGUUGCGACUGGAAUUUUCGCGCCGAGCAUUUUCCUUGGAAAAUGCUUCAAAAUUCGACAGCAGGUGCAGUGACUCUAUUUGGACAGCAGCCACUAACCCACCUCAACGCGGAUGAUGGGCCGCAGCAGAGCGCGACACGGGAGGCUGGGCGCACGGGAGGAGCGGCGGCGGCGAGCGAGAUCGAGGCAGAUUCGACGGCGCCCGCGGAUCAGUCGACCAACAAGCCGGCUGGCGAAAAGGUCUCUCCGCCGCUCCGUCGCUCUCAGGGGCGCGACCUCACGUGCGUUCGCUUUUAUCUCAGGAAUGGAGUAAAGCAGCCGAGGAAUCAUGAACUGGUUGGUGCAGACAACAUGUUCGACGGUGGUUUUGGCCCUUGCUGUUUCUCAAGUUUUAUCCUUUAUCCCGAAGGAGUAUGAGUUGAUGCAGACCAUCCAGAUCCCGCUGGUGGACACAAAGACGCAGUUCUUCGACCAGGGCUUCGAUGGCUUCCCAACGCACGGCAUGCGGCCUGGUUCCAACAUCAAGUCGCCGUACCGCGUCGUCCUGCCGGAGAAAAUGCCUCCGGACUUCACGAUUCGCAUGGCGGCCAAACCGGCUUCCAGGGAGGGCGGAUUCCUCUUCGCCGUGGUCAACCCUUUGGACACGGUCGUCCAACUCGGCGUCCGGCUCGCUCCAGCACCUGCAGUCGACGACAUGAACAUCGCCCUCUACUACACGGACGUCAACAUGCAUUUCAGUUCUCAAAUGAUUGCCUCCUUCGUUGUCCCGUCGUUUGCGAAAAAAUGGGCGAAAUUUUCACUUCGAGUGAGUGGAAACAACAUCACGCUGUUCUUCAACUGCAAAGAGCACGGCACGACGGUGACCCCACGCAAGCCCAAAGAGUUGGUCUUUGAUUCUGCGUCCACUUUGUACAUCGGACAGGCCGGCCCCAUCGUCAAAGGAGCCUAUGAUGGUGCCAUCCAGGAGAUCAAAAUCCUCGACGACCCUCUCCUGGCUGAGGUCCAGUGCCUUUCUUUUGAGGGGUUUGCGUCAGGGUCUGGCGAUUUUGGUGAUAUAGACGAGGACCUGGAGAACACUCCGGAUGACUUCUUGACCGGAGACCCUUCGGGCAGAGGCGACCUGGGCUCGGUCCCGCCAUUCCCGCCGCCGCCGCCCAGAUUGCACACGUGGUGUAAUAAUACCUUUUUAAAUUGCACAGACGGCUUAAAAGGAGAAAAAGGUGAAAGAGGAGAAAGGGGUCCCCCUGGACAAGUUCUCCGGGGGCCACCUGGUCCUCCUGGCGAGCCUGGUUAUGGCAGUGGUGGUGACUUUAUUCCAGUAGAAGGGAUGGCAAGAGGGCCGAUGGGGCCUCCUGGGCCUCCAGGCACUUGUAGCUGCAACGCAUCGAUGAUAUUUGGUCCCGACAGCAAGAUGCCUGAACUAAUACCCGGACCGCCAGGGUCACCUGGAAGGGACGGAAAUUCCGGACCUGCUGGGCUCCCGGGUUUGCCGGGGCCGACUGGCGAAAGAGGCCAAACUGGUCAGCGAGGCGAAAAAGGUGACAGGGGUGACGUCGGGCCUCAGGGAGUCGAAGGGCAACCUGGUCCCAAGGGUGAGGCCGGUCGAGACGGCACACCCGGACUUCAGGGUUUGCCCGGUCCGCCUGGUGCGCCCGGAAACUCGGAUUUCACAAACUAUGACCCUGGGUGGAGGCCUCGUGGGAAUCUCAAGGACUCACUUCUUGGUAACUCUGGGUUCGGUCAGGGUAUGGGUAGACCUGGCAGCCCAGGGCCGAAGGGUGAAAAGGGAGAUUCUGGUCCGUACGGUCCAAGGGGUGAACGAGGUGUGCCUGGAAAUAAGGGCGACCGAGGAGAAGCGGGCACCAGGGGCCAAAAAGGAGACAAGGGGCACCAAGGUUCUAUUGGGUACCAAGGGUUUAAAGGAGAGCGAGGAGAGCCCGGUAUUGAUGGAAUGCCAGGCAUUCCUGGAGAAAAUGGUUUAAAUGGGCCAAAGGGUGAUAGAGGAGAAAUAGGUCCAAUGGGCCCACCAGGUCCUCCAUCUUUCAAUGCGGCGAGUCUGAUUGGAGACAGUUUGCUCAGUUCCGAGAAGGGAGACAAGGGUGACAGAGGAGAACCUGGCGUACCUGGAAUUGAUGGCAAAAACGGCCAACCUGGGACAAAGGGAGAGCCUGGAACUGUUGUUUCUUCCGACGGGAAAGUCGUAAAAGGAGAUAGAGGUGAACGAGGGAAGAGAGGAAAGCGAGGAGAGCCUGGUCCAGCUGGCCCACCUGGUCCUCCGGGUCCACCAGGUCCUAGAGGAGAUUUCGGUCUACCUGGAUGGGGCAUGAAAGGAGAUAAAGGUGAUCCUGGUUCAAAGGGGGAAGCUGGCCAGUUAGGAGAAGGUGGACUCAUUCCGAAAGGGCCCUUGUAUAUUCCCGUUCCUGGACCUCCAGGCCCUCCAGGACCGCCAGGAAUUCCAGGAAUUUCCAUUCAGGGUGAAAGGGGUGAACCGGGACCCCCUGGAGAACCAGGAUUUUAUUCUUACAGACCUGGACCAGCAUUUGGUGAGCAAUCCUUGUCAGGCCGACCAGGCAGCGCAAGGAGUAGUCUUGAGGAGCUGAGAGCUUUGAAGCACAUAAAGGACAUCAAGGAUGGUCUUGCCCCACCAAGUCAUCACACAGGGCGCACUCACCACCACGAGACACCGCCUCAAAUGAAAGUAGUCCCUGGGGCUGUCACAUUCCAAAACUCGGAAACUAUGAUCAGAAUGUCUUCUGCCUCACCUGUUGGCACCAUUGCAUUCCUCCUCGAUGAGGAGGCUCUUCUAGUCAGGGUCAGAAGUGGGUGGCAGUACAUAGCUCUCGGAGGAUUGGUUUCCGUGGACACGACUGCACCUCCUGAGACCACAACCACCACCGAAGCUCCCAUUCUUCCACCCAUCAGACCUCAAAUGGAGGUUUCAAAUCUCCUAAGAACUGUUGAUGGUCCUAAUUGGACGCCUAAAAUGCUAAGGUUAGCUGCCCUCAAUGAGCCAUCUACAGGAAACAUGCAUGGCGUGAGAGGCGCUGAUUAUUCUUGCUACCGUCAAGCAAGAAGGGCCAAUUUGAGAGGAACCUUCCGAGCGUUCCUUGCAUCACGAGUCCAAGAUUUGGACUCCAUCGUCCGAUCAACCGACCGAGACCUUCCUGUUGUCAAUAUAAAGGGAGACGUCUUGUUCAACUCAUGGAAUGAGCUGUUCAAUGGGGACGGAGGACUUUUCCUCGGCCAGUCUCGAAUUUACAGUUUCAGCGGGAAAAAUGUUCUAAGCGACAUGAACUGGCCUAUGAAGGCAAUCUGGCAUGGAUCCCAACUGAUGGGUGAAAGGGCCGUGGACACCUAUUGCGAGGCCUGGCAUUCGGAGUCGAUGGACAAACUCGGCCUCGGCUCCUCUUUGCUCAAGGGCCGUCUUUUGGGUCAGGAGAGAUUCACCUGCGAUCAGAAACUGAUCAUCCUGUGCAUGGAGGCGACCAGUGUGGGACGAAGCAGGCGCAGCAUUCCCGAGGACACAAUUCUCAGCGAGACGGAAUACAAUUCUCUUGUCGGCGCAAUCAACUGAUUUGGCUUCGCAUGUUGUCAUUAUCCGUCCUCGCUGAAUGUAAUUUAAAAAAGAGAUCAAACGUUUCCGAUAUUUGUGUUAUUUUCAUUCAUAAUACUCGUCUGGUCACACAAUUUGAUGUAUAGCAUGUGUCGUAAGCUCUCUCUACUAUAUUUCGGCAUAGAUUAAAAUUACAUAAUAUUUAAAGAACAUUUCAGCAAUAAAGGAAUUUACGAAUCAAUGUGUUGAAAGUUACCAAGCCAAAUUAUCUCGAUGUAAUUCGCAAACUUCAGUUGUGCAAAAAAAUGCCAUAAUAAUGCCAUUUUCGCUGUAAAUUAUUAUUUAUUGUUAAUAUUAAAUAAUGUCUAAUGUCCAUCAAGCACCUUACUUAUCCUUAAAUCCUUAGUCACAUUCCAAACUAAUUGUUUUUAUCUGAAUAUAUAAUAUAUUCAUGUGUAAAAUUAAAAAAGAAAAUGUGCUUGUAAAAUACGUUGUCACAGCAAGAUCACCAGUUUUGUAGUAUUUAUUGACAUAAUAUUGUAUCUCUAGAAAUUAAAAAAGUCAUUCAUCUUUAACCCUCUGCUUCAGCACUAUUGAUCCAAAAAUUAAAAAGCUAUUAAAAUAUUGCAAUUAUGACUACUGCUGAUUUUUUGACAAUUUGACCCGUACAUAUGGAAGAAAAUUAACUUUUUUUUUAUUGAAUUUCAACAUGUGUGGUGUUAUUGGGAGCAGAGUGGAUUUUAUAUUGAUUUCUUCCAUUUGAGGUCUGCUCUCUAAAUGUAUAAAGCAAAAUAAUACCACAAAAUAGCUACAAUAGAGGUUCGAAUUAUGUAUUACAUGAUGUACUGACAAACCAACAAAAUUAGAUGUAAAUUUCUGUGUAAAUAAAUUAUAAUUAUUGUAAAACAAAA